UGUCUGGAAAAAGUGAACUUUCGACGACCGACCAACUCCCCGCCGACAACAUCAAACAACCCAUCAGCCGCGAUCACCACAUAAAUCGCAAUCAUGGGUAAAGGAAAGCCUAGAGGACUCAACGCCGCGCGCAAGCUCCGGAACAACCGCCGUGAGCAGCGCUGGGCCGAUCUUGCCUACAAGAAGCGUGCCCUGGGUACCGCCUUCAAGUCGUCGCCGUUCGGUGGCUCGUCCCACGCCAAGGGAAUCGUUUUGGAGAAGGUCGGUGUUGAGGCCAAGCAGCCCAACUCUGCAAUCAGGAAGUGUGUCAGGGUUCAGCUCAUCAAGAACGGCAAGAAGGUUACUGCUUUCGUCCCCAACGACGGUUGCUUGAACUUCGUCGACGAGAACGACGAGGUCCUCCUGGCCGGUUUCGGUCGCAAGGGCAAGGCCAAGGGUGAUAUCCCCGGUGUGCGCUUCAAGGUCGUCAAGGUUUCGGGUGUCGGUCUGUUGGCUUUGUGGAAGGAGAAGAAGGAGAAGCCCAGGUCUUAGACAGCUUCAGGCGUUUGGUUGCGUAUGGGUGCUUUUAUUUCACGCACAGGAACAAAAAGGGUCAUCAUUUGGUCUGGCACGAGGAGUCAUAUCUUUUUUGAUUGUGUUUGCAUUGAACACCGGGUUUAACGGGCAAAGGUCGAUUUUUUCCAACAACAAUUCCCUUCUGGGGUCGUCGACGCAUGAUCAACGAAUAGAAGAAGAUGAAGAGGGACUUUGCACCGCCGGGCUUUUCCUAUCGGCGCUCUUAACGUUGCCUCACGAAUGGACUCUAAAUUUGAACAAAACAAAAAAGUCUAUGAUGCAAUGAAUGUGAUA